CAGUCUGUCCUUCCUCCAACGCUGUGUGCAGGCCCACAGACAGGGGAGUGGUCUGAUCAUAGAAAAUGGACUGAGCUCGACCACAACUUCCCCCUGCUGCUCUACCCUGGCUUUCUUUGUAACACUGCGUCAUCACCACACUUAACCAACCGACUCGUCAGCCCUGCUCAACCGAUGUGCUGGUUACUGACUGAGCAGUCUGACGUCUGGUAAAAAGAGCUUGUUGCCGCUGCCUACUGUUGUGGUGUGUCCUGUUGUAUCCUUGUUGCAGUGACAAUGGGAGGCAGAUUCCAGGUUCUUUCAGCUCUUCCUCUGUGGUUGAGCUUUGGCAGCGCUGCGGCCCUGGUUGAGCCUCAGAUCUGCUACAUCCUAGACGCCAUCUUGUUUCUGUACGGUAUCAUCCUUACCGUGCUAUACUGCAGGAUCAAGAUGGCUCCGGUGACUGGGACAGCAAAGCCAGUGAAUGCAGAGGAGAGCAUCUAUACGGGAUUGACUCCUCAUUCUGCAGACACCUACCAGACCAUCGGUCAGAAGAAAGGAUUGCACUAGUCGAGGAUGAGUUGAAGAAAGAGAACGUUUGACUCUUUCCAUGUGUUAAAUCACUUUUGUCUUUCCAGGCAUUUCCAUUGCAUCUUAUGUAUUUUAUUUAACAGCUUUUGAGCGAAAAUGUAACGGUUUUUAAAAACAUUUAUUUGCCAUUCAUAUGUGAAAGCCUCCUUUGUAUGUUGUGGCAUGUGUCUCGAAAGAGAGAGAAACGUGAGAAGUGCAAAAGAGGGAAGAAGUUGAGCAGUGGGUAAAAAUGUAUUUACGAUUUGGUUUGACAGUAGCUAGGUUUGCAUCAAAUUUUCGACAGAUUUUCAUGUAAAUAUGAUAAAAUCUGCAUAAAAUAAUAUGCGCAUUUUCCCACCAGAUAUGUUUGACUGACUUUAUGAGGAUACAAUCCUGUGCGUGACGACGUAGUGCACGUAAAAAUAUAUUUUACGGUUAAAUUCCCAUGUACCGAAUGAAAAAUACAAUUUCUAUCGCAUUUUCAACUCUGCUGAUAAUUAGUCACAAAAACUGUUGCAUUGAAUAGCAAACGUACCCGAGUUGGUCUUGGCACAUGCGCUCUAGCCAACACCUAGCAGAUACAGUGCGGGUAGGCUACCUAUUAUGAGAUUAUUAUGAAUAAGAGCGAUAUUAUUUGUAUUGGUCAAACCUAAUCAUCGUUCGUUAUCUCAAUAAGACCCUCGAUGGUAAUUGUAUAGGAGCAAGCAAGCCAACACCUUGUACAUUCACCACCCUGUGAAGUUCAUAAUUUAUUUAAUCUGUAGCCAAAUAAACUGCAUGCUUUCCCGAGACGUAGUGGGAGACGUAGUGGGAGAACCACACAACAUAUAAUUUCAUGACCCACAAAUUUACUUCGAUAUGAUGGUUAUUAUAUCAAUAUUUGCGCAGAAAACGUUUCCACCGCCAUUUCUCACCGCCAUAAAAGUAUCCCACCAUGUCGAACGAACAAACUGUCUUGUCAGUCAGUAUAAGAUUGUACAGAACACCCCCCCCCCCCCCCCCCCCCCCCCACACACACACACACACACACACACAUACACACAUAUCAGAGUCAAAUACUUUCUAUAGAACAAACUUCACGUCAGGCAACUGAAAUUAAUAAUCAAUGUAUGUGUUAUAAUUAAACAGAGGAGGGAGUAAAAUGUUGGCAAGGAAUAAACAUUUCAGAACAACUAUGGCUGAAUUAUUAUCCUUGCACUUUCAAAAAUACUAUUCGAAUGAGACAUGGGAGAGAUGACGAAUUUUGGCAAAGAGAUGUAUUUAUAAACUAAUACAAAUCAGUAGCGGAUUUAGGAACGGGCGGGCGCUGAAGGGGGGGUUCUCCCAGGGCGCCAUACAAGCUAGAACCGCCAUAUACACUUGAAACAAAUAGCCAAACCGAAAACUGAGUGAAGAGUUGAAAUCUCAACUAGCAAGCAAGUCGCAGCAAUGACGAACGCGAUUCCGGCACAACACCGGCAUUUCGUGUUUCCAUAGCUAGGUCGUGACUUUUUUCAUGCGUCAGGUAAUUCAUCUGCAUGAAAUGGUUGGAUGUUUAACUUGUUUGUUCAGCCUAUGUCUUCUUUGUAUGAUACUUAUACUGAGUUUUUUUUAGAUCCAGCUCGAGAAUGAUGUUUUUGGUAUUUUCAAAACGAACGUCUCAUAUAUAUAUAUAUAUAUAUAUAUAUAUUUAACCUUUAUUUAACUAGGCAAGUCAGUUAAGGACAUAUUCUUAUUUUCAAUGACAGAUUUGUAUCUUGUCAGCUCGGGGAUUAUGAAUUUGCAACCUUUCGGUUACUAGUCCAACGCUCUAACCACUAGGCUACCCUGCCGCCCCAUAUAGCUUCAUUCACCGUUUUAUCAAAUCAUGUACAGUUUUUAACUUGAUAUUGGUGUUCUGGGUCUAUUGUUGGAAUUUUCAAAGUUUCUAUGGUGCUUUUAUAAUACAUUCUGAUAAAAUAUCAAA